AUCAAAGGAGCAGGUCGUUAUCGGGUAGGACCGCUCAGCGCCAUCAUCCUUAUUUCAAAUCUACAAUUGAAAAUGCGUUCAAUAGUCGCAGCAAUCACAGCCAACUGUCAUGCUUAAACAUUUCUCCCACUGUGGCUCAUCCCAAAUCCAAAUGUGAACAACAACAUAAAGUUGUAGUGAAAGUCAAGUCACUGCAGCUUUUACUUUGAGAAAUAAGGUAGGGAGAGGAGAAACAGUGUCAGUUAAUGUCCGAAUUUAUUAUGGGUUUCUGGGUGAAGGCCAAGAAGAGCUAGAAUUUCAGGGGAGGAGAGAGUUUUGAUGCAACAGCGGAAAUGGGUUUGCCUCAGUUUCUCACUUGUCUGCUUCUUUUGCUCACAUUUUACAGUCCACGACCUGUUCAUGGAAAUGCGGAGCUGAGAGCUCUCCUGGAGUUGAAGUCCUCGCUGGACCCUGAGAACAAUUUGUUGAUGUCGUGGACCGCUGAGGGUGAUCCAUGUGGUGGUUCAUUUGAGGGCGUGGCAUGCAACGAGCGCCGGAAAGUGGCCAACAUUUCCUUGCAGGGAAAGGGUCUCUCAGGGAAGGUCUCAGGAGCAGUGGCUGAGCUGAAAUGCUUGUCGGGGUUGUACUUGCACUACAACAACUUGUCCGGAGAGAUACCCAAAGAGAUUUCCAAUCUGACUGAGCUGACUGAUCUUUAUCUUAAUGUGAAUAGUCUAUCUGGUAGUAUACCUCCUGAGAUAGGGAGCAUGGACAGUCUUCAAGUUUUACAGCUAUGUUGUAACCAGCUGACGGGAAAUGUUCCUACACAGAUGGGUUCCUUGAAGAGGCUAACUGUUCUUGCUUUGCAAUAUAACAGACUACUGGGUGAAAUUCCUGCAAGUUUAGGGAACUUGAGGAUGCUAAGAAGGCUUGACUUGAGCUUUAAUGGCUUCUCUGGUGGAAUUCCUGCAAAACUGGCUGCUAUUCCACAGAUGGAAGUUCUAGAUGUGCAAAACAACUCUCUCUCUGGGGUUGUCCCUUCUGCUUUCAGGAGAUUGAAUGGAAGGUUCCAGUGUGGGAACAAUCCACGUUUAUGUGGAGUUGGGAUUUCUGCAGUGAGGGUAUGCAGUGAAUUUGAUAAUGAUAAAGUGAAUGUUGAUCCACUUGAACCUGUUGCACCACACACAAAUAAUACUGCUCCAAUAGCCAACCCUGAGUCUGCAAAUUUCCAUGCUAAUUGCAACCAAACCCAUUGCUCAAAGUCAACAAGAUUCCGAGAAGCUGCAGUUGUUGCAGGGGUUAUUACAGUCACAGUCAUACUGACAGGGACAAUAUUUGUGGCAAUUAUUUGGUACCGCCGGCGGAAACAAAAGAUUGGGACUACAUCUGAUUCUACUGAUAGUCAGCUUAGCACUGACCAGGCUAAGGAGUUCUACACGAGAAAUGCCUCUCCACUUGUAAGUCUUGAGUACUCGAAUGGAUGGGACCCUUUUGCUGAUCGUCAAAACGGCAUUGGAUCUGCUCAGGAUUAUCUAAAUUACUUUAGAUUCAACAUGGAAGAGGUUGAGUCUGCAACUCAGCACUUUUCUGAGGUGAAUUUAUUGGGAAAGAGCAAUUUCUCGGCUGUGUACAAAGGAGUUCUAAGAGAUGGUUCUCUUGUAGCUGUUAGGAGCAUUAAUGUUACCAGCUGUAAGUCUGAGGAAGCUGAGUUUGUGAAGGGGUUGAACUUAUUAGCCUCGCUGAGACAUGAAAACCUCGUUAGGCUGAGAGGUUUCUGUUGCUCAACGGGCAGGGGUGAAUGUUUUCUCGUAUAUGAUUUUGCUCCAAAUGGGAACCUGUCUCGCUAUCUUGAUUUAGAAGAUGGAAGCAACCAAGUUCUUGACUGGUCCAAGAGGGUUUCUGUCAUCACUGGCAUUGCAAAAGGUAUUGGGUAUUUACAUAGCAGCAAAGAAAACAAGGCUGCCAUAAUUCACCAAAACAUAUCGGUUGAGAAGAUUCUCAUUGACCAGCAUUUCAAUCCAUUGAUUUCGGAUGCCGGCCUUCCUAAGCUUCUUGCUGAUGACAUUGUCUUCUCAGCUCUUAAAAUGAGUGCUGCCAUGGGAUAUCUAGCUCCUGAGUACAUUACCACUGGUCGUUUCACUGAGAAGAGUGACAUAUAUGCAUUUGGAGUAAUUAUCCUCCUAGUUCUUUCUGGGAAGCGGAAACUCACCCACUCAAUGCAAUUCGGAGCUGAAUCUUGUAGAUUUCAAGAUUUCAUCGACACAAACCUGAAGGGGGAAUUCUCUGAAUCCGAGGCAGCUAAGCUGACAGAAAUUGCACUGAUGUGCACCCACGAGCUUCCCAGCCACAGGCCGAACAUUGAGGCCAUAAUUAAGGAACUAAGCAGUUCUAGUGACACUUCUUGAUACUUCUGUGUUCUAUCUUUGGAGACUGAUGAUAGUGACCUCGAUCUAGUCCUCUAAUAUACACACCGUUGUUGAAGUUAGUCCUCUUUAUUGUCAUAUGUUGUCCCUUUGAGGAAACUAAGGCUUACUGGGAAUGUGUAAAAGACUUCGUUUCCCGCAAAUCUGUGGUGGAGAGCAGGAUAUCUUGGGAAGAGAGAGUCCCCUGUGAUUUUUUUUUUUUUUUGAGCUUGAGUCCCCUGUGAUUACUUGUAAUAAAACAUUUCUAACUCUGCGAGGAUGAAUAGGAAGAACCUCCUGAUUAUUUGUUCGA